AUGAACUUUGUCGUCGUCGAUGGACGGCUCGGUCCGGAAGCGGAACAAAGCCGCACCCAUUUAAGCCUCGUCGGCAUCCGGUCGAUGCAGGUACCGCACAAAUUUUCCGGCUCCUUCCUGGCGGCAGAGAAUGAAGUUUUUGGAGCUUUCUGUGUUCUAUGGAGUAGAGAACCGAACGUAGAGUCGAACACACUUUACGACCAUCUCGCUGUCUCUCUUUCCCUCUCCCGGCAGAGUGACAAAAUCCGCACCAUCAUCAAGGCCCGGGGCAUCUCGUACCCGAAUGUGACCGGAAAAACAUUCGCCGUGUUUCGCGUCGACUCCAACCACCACCUGGUGUCGCUCGUGUCCAUGAUCGACCCGUCCCCCGACUGGAUCGUGGGGGUUUCGGGGCUCGAGCUAUGCCUGACCAACUGCUCGUGGAUCGAGAACAAGAUCCUGAACCUGUACCCGUGGGACGCCGGCACCGACAGUGGCCCGACGUACAUUGCGCCCGACCAGCCGACCAACCCGCCCGACGUGAUCCGGCGCAUCAAGUCCAACUUCCCGAACGACCCACGCUCCCCGUUCUACGAUCCGUCCGGCACGGAGAUGAAGCCACUGGCGCGGAUCUACCUCUCCCGGCAGCGGCUGUACGAGAAGAACUGCGAGGCGGACAACGAGGAGGAGAACGAGAGUAAGCAGGCGUGCGAGACGGAACCGUGGUCCGACUGGACCGACUGUAGCUCGCGGUGUGGCAAGGGCAAGCAGACGAGGCGCCGCGUCUACCGGCACCCGCUGAAGGCGAAGCAGGCGGAGUGCAAGAAGAAGCUUUUCGACCGCCGGCCGUGCGUCGGCACGGACCGGGACUGCGACUACAACAGCCAGGAGAUCGAGGAGGCCUACCAGAGCGACCCGGAGUGUGAGGUGACCGAGUGGGGCCCCUGGAGCGAGUGCAGCUCCCCGUGCGGCCGGGGCAACAGGACACGCUCGCGGAAGUACCGAAAGAAGGGUGCCCGGAAGAAGUGCGAACGGUUGCCGAACCCACCGCUCCUGCAGCAGACCGUGCCGUGCGACGAGGACUGCGGUGGUGACAUCUCGCAGCCCGUCCUCAGCUCCGAUAUCAAUCCCAAGUGCAAGAUGACGCAGUGGUCCGAGUGGAGUCCUUGCAGUGUGACGUGCGGGCUGGGCCGCAAGAUGCGCACCCGGAUGCCGAUCAACAAGAGUAUGAAGGUGCACCACAAGCGGUUCGUCAACUACUACAUGACCCGGCGCCGCGGACCGGCCCACGGGGACGAUGAGGACGACGAUGACGAGGAGCACGGCAGCGUCGAGGAUCACGGUGACGGCGAAGACAACGAUCUGCACAUCACCGACCAGAACGAUCCGUGCUACGGUGUGGAGACGGUCGAGGAGGUAACCUGCGGCCACGACUUGCCACCCUGCGACGGACUGUACGGUGUACCAGAACUGUGCUUCCUGGAGCCGAAACCGGGCAACUGUCGGGACUCGCAGACCCGCUGGUACUACGAU